AUGGAUCACAACGCUUAUUACAUGGUUCAUUACGAGGAUGAUAACGAAUUUAAUAACGAAGUUGAUACUCGAAAUGUGGUGGACGAAGGUAUAACCUUUAUGAAUGAAGAUUCUGUGGAUGCAGAUGCAAUCCUCAUCUCCUUAGUUCAAAAUCAUCCCUAUUUAUAUAACAAGCAAUUAAGUGACUUUAAAGAUAAUCUGAAGAAAGAAAAUGCUUGGACAGAGAUAGCCAAGAUUUUAAACAUGAAAGUGGAUGAGUGUCAUACUAGGUGGACAAGGCUAAGGGAGCGUUAUUCGCGAGAGAAGAAACAAAAACAAGAAGAAACAACAACUGGAAGUGGAGUUUCAAAGCGAAAGACCUACGAAUUUUUUGAUAACAUGCAAUUCUUGGAUCCUUUUGUCAAAAAGAGAAGAAGCUUUGGCGCAAGAGAUGAAAAAAAGAACUUAUUGCAGAAUUCCUCAAAUGUGCAAAUAAGUACGCCUCUGUCAACAGGAUACAGUCUUGAACAGUUUGUAACAUUUACAAUCUAG